AUGCCACAAAUCGACUGGGGAAAUCCCUGGGUAGAAACAGAGUUUGAAGAAAUAAUCGAUGAACUGAUUGAAAAGAAUGAUAAGAACAGGGAACAGCUAGUAGAGAUGCAAAGCACACUGGAUGCACUUAAGUAUGGCUUUGAAGCCUUCAGAGACAGUAUGGUAGACGCAAUUGUGAAGAUAUACAAGAAUUUAAAUGAGAUGCAAUAAUUCUAAAUAAAAUAGCUCCAAAAAUAUGUGCAUAUAUAGUAUAGAGAAGAUGGAACAAAUUUUUGAUAACAGGAAACUGAAUGUUAGUGUAAGAACAGUGAGGUGGGGUGAGGGUAUACUGUUCUAUGCAAAAGAUGUGGCGGAAUCACUAGGAUACUCAAACACAUGAAGAAAAGCUAUUAGAAACCACGUUUGGGAGGAAGAUAAGUGCACAAUAGGUGGAUUGGUAAGGGGUCCCUCAAGGGGUCCCUCAAGGGACCCUUUACCGGGAGGUCAUCCAAGUACUGUUCUUAUUACAGAACAGGGUCUGUACCAGCUAAUAUUCGGAUCGGAGUUAAACACAGCAAAGGACUUCAGACGGUGGGUAUUUACUGAGGUACUUCCCUCUAUCCGUAAAACAGGCUCAUACUCACUACCUGAUAGAAGAUCACUCAGAUACAACCAGAUGAUCCUGGUAAACGAAACGAACCUUCAUUAUGCUGUUGUAAGAUACCUCAUAAACAACCAUCGUGAAACUGUAGUCAUACCUGGACUUGGUGAGCUCCAGGAUACGUCAGGCAAACGAUGUGACGCUUGGAAAAAGGGCUACAGGGGCGGACAGCCUGAUAUUAUCAUUGAGAACCCUAAGGGCAGCUACAAGGGGUUUGCCAUAUAA